AUGUUGAACGAUAACCUCAAUACAUACAGUAUUGCUGAUUCCAUCAGACAAGUAAGAUAUUAUUUCGAUCAAGUUGAUGGGGCAGUUCCUAUUGGAGAUACUAACCAUAGAUAUGUCCCAACAAAAGUGCCAGCUAUGCCGACAAAUACUAUUGAUAACGGUUAUAUUACAUUUAACAUAUCACCACCUGGUGAGAACAUGAUUGACUUAUAUAAUACGUUCAUUAGUGGUUAUGUCGAUGGUGAGUGCAUAAUUACAACAGAAACUGAACCAGCUGAUGAAAAAGUUCCUAAAUAUGAUGGUGAAGUAUAUAAAGAAAGAGCUGUUGAGACAGCUCCUACAGGAUCAAAUGUUACAGCAAUUAAAGCAAUUGAUACUAAAUAUGCUGGUGGCAAAUCAUGUGCACAUCUUCCAGCAAUUUGGUUGGGAUACAUUGAUUCAUUCUAUGCUGUUGAAUCAUAUCAAUUAAUCGCUAAUGGUAAAAGUGUUUAUACACAAGAUAAUGCUAGAGAAGAAGGUUACAUUACUUCUACUGCAUCUACAACAGAAGCUAUUAAGAAAGUUGAUGUAUUUAGUAAGGCUAGACAUAAAGAUGUUUUCAAUAGAUGUGAUACAGUUCGUUCUGGACAGAUUAUUGAGUUCAAUAAACCAAUUAGUGGUGCAACUACAUUAAAGUUCCACAUACCAAUCAAGAUUGACCUAAGAAGAUUCCUAAUACUUAAUAACAUUAGAUUCCUUCCAGCGUUUGCUGGUAACUUACAACUUAAGGUUAAGUUCAGUAUUGCUGGUAUGGUUUGGACACCAUUAAGUUAUCAGGAUAUUCUACCAUUACCGAACAUGCAAGCCAAUGUUACAAGCUAUAUUCCAAUCACUAAUCACUUCACUCCUAUCUAUGAAGGUAUCAAAGUUAUUGAUACUGUAACUUGGAAUGCCGAUAAGAGUACGAUAUCAUUUGGUACCAAGUUUAUUAAGUUCACUAAGAAGAAUGCAAACUUCUUUGAAAUGAUUACAUACUGUAACUCAUUCUCUUUGGACCCUAACAUCUAUAGUGAUUUGGUGACAAGAUAUUCGGCAAAGACUCUAAACUUCCCAAUCAAAAGAAUUGACUGCAUUACUAUGGAUGGUUCAAUGGCUAAAGGUGAAGGAACUCCUUGUACAUUCACGGCAGCAUUUACUCCAUUAUAUGUGAACACCAUUUAUACACUAUUUAAGAAAACACCUAAUUAUAACACUACCUAUGAAAAUCCAUUGUUUGAACAAAUUCAAUUGAACUGUGGAGCAUAUGGUAACAUACCCGCUGAGGCUCAAGCAUCUAAUGAUCCAAUCUUCUAUGAGAUGCAGGCAAAUGCCACUAACAAUAAUAACGAUACUGUUGGCUUCAACUAUGAUGUCAUGAGGUCUAUCACAACCACAUCAGUCCCUCAAUUUGGAAUCGAGUCAAAUGACUUAGGUCAUUACCUAUGUGGAUUCCCUUGCGAAACUGAUUAUACAUUCCAACAGGGUCAGUUAUCUAAUUCACCUAUUACAUAUAAGCUUACAGUUAAGCCAACAGCAGAGUCUAUUAAAUAUACUGAGAAACCAGUGUUAUGCUUCUUACGUCACGUUUGCCUCUCCAUACAGAUUAAACAGGUGGGACCACCUAUCGUACUUCUCGACGAUUAUGAUUUAUCAGCCCCUGCUAGUGAAUAA